AGUCAAGCCUCUCUAUACCAACGAUAGAUCCAAAAGCCGCCCUUCAGAGGGAGAGAGAAAGUGGGUGCAGGGAAUUUUCCGACGAUGGUGACGAAAACUGAGGAAACAGAGCUCAACAGGCUUGAGAUUCAGGUCGAUAAUGGCGGAGGCGGCGCCUGGGAGUACCUCUGUUUGGUCCGCAAACUCAAGGUUAGGCGUUCUGAUAAGGUUCUCAAGCACGGGUUGUCCAUUUUGAACGACCCCAAGAAGCGAUCUAAUCUUGGCCCUGAAGAAUGGACUCUAUAUGAGCAAGUAGCAGUUGCUGCUAUGGACUGCCAAUGUCUUGAUGUUGCAAAGGACUACAUAAAAGUUCUACAGAAGAGAUUUCCAGAGAGUAAAAGGGUUGGCAGGUUAGAAGGGAUGUUGCUUGAAUCAAAGGGAUCUUGGGCUGAGGCAGAAAAAGCUUACUCAAGCCUUCUAGAGGAAAAUCCAUUUGAUCAAGUAGUACUUAAGAGGAGGGUAGCUAUGGCAAAGGCACAAGGCAAUAUGUCUGGGGCAAUUGAGUGGCUCAAUAAAUAUCUUGAAACAUUUAUGGCAGAUCAUGAUGCCUGGAGAGAACUUGCUGAAAUAUAUGUCUCGCUGCAAAUGUACAAACAAGCAGCAUACUGCUAUGAGGAGCUAAUAUUAUCUCAACCAACACUUCCACUGUAUCACCUAGCCUAUGCUGAGGUGCUCUACACACUUGGUGGACUUGAAAACCUCCAAACUGCUAAGAAAUACUAUGCAUCUACCAUAGAUUUGACUGGGGGCAAGAACACGAGAGCGCUUUUUGGCAUAUGCUUGUGUACGUCUGCAAUCGGACAGCUGACCAAGGGGCGGAACAAGGAAGAAAAGGAGAGCCCAGAGUUGCAUUCACUGGCAGCCACAGCCUUGGAGAAGAUCUACAAGCAAAGAGCUCCCACCAAACUCCCUCUGCUCAAUUCAGCCUUAAAAGGCUUGAAAAUUUAAUUCCCUUCACCAUUAACAGAAGCAACCUUUUCAUUGUUUGGCUGGUUCAUCAACAGUUGGAGCAGAAAUGUCUUGAGAUUUUGCAAAUGUUUCAGAUAUUUAUUAAAUAUUAAUUAAUUCCUUGUAUUUCUUCUGUUUUUUCAAAUCCUAAACAUGAAGAAGUUAUGAUGUACUUCUUAGAAUUAUGGUCUAUGAAAUCUCUCUUCCGUCAUGUUGUUUGCUUUC